AAAACAGAUGUGGUUGUUUGCAACCAACAUCCUCAGAGCUAGUUUUUCUCUCUCCGUGGACUUGACUUUGCUAGAAGAAUAACAAUUAAGAUCAGUGAAACUGUUGGUGGUGGAUGGGCAAUUGGGCAUGGCGAUGGAGCUAAGCUCUUUGAAGAAGGAAGACAUUUUGCAACUCUUCUCUGAUGGCUUCUGUUCCCACUGUCAGGCUCUUCUACAUGCUCGAAUCACAACCCUUCGAAAAAGAAAGCUUGAUGAGACUUUGUCUCCUGAUGAAGGCUUUGAAUCUUCUGGAGAUGAUGCUGUAGACCUGCACGUGAAUGGUAAUGCUUCAAAUUCAGAAUCUUUGACGAAAAGGCAUGCCAAACAAUGGGAUAGUCCAAGGAACUCUUCACAAAGUUUUGAUUUUUCACCGAAGUAUUUCGAGGGCUGCAAAAAAUCUGAUUUUGAGUUAUUGUUGAAUGAUGGAAUUGGUGGAGAUUAUUCAGUUGUAAAUGGUUUAUCAGAGGAACAGAAGGAACGUAUCAGGUAUUCUCAAGUUCAGAGUAAAAAGGACUUUACCUUCAGAGAAAGGGUGAAUAGGAGAUACUUAAAUGUGGUCCAGGGGCUUGAACUUCACACUGGGGUCUUCAAUCCCGUGGAGCAGAGAAAAAUUAUUGAGUGUAUAUACAGAUUUCAAUGGAGGGGAAAGCAGGGAAAACUUAGAGAUCGAACAUAUUCUGAACCAAGAAAGUGGAUGCGUGGUAAAGGACGUGUGACAAUACAAUUUGGGUGCUGUUAUAAUUACGCAGUGGACAAAAAUGGGAACCCUCCUGGCAUAGUCAGAGAUGAAGAGGUUGAUCCAUUACCACCUUUGUUCAAGCAAAUGAUAAAGAGAAUGAUUAGGUGGAAUAUAGUUCCUUCCACUUGCAUUCCUGAUAGUUGCAUUGUGAAUAUAUAUGAUGAAGGGGACUGUAUUCCUCCUCAUAUUGACCAUCACGAUUUUCUGAGGCCGUUCUAUACAGUGUCAUUCUUGAACGAGUGUGAAAUAUUAUUCGGUUCAAAUUUGCAAGUUGUUUCUCCUGGAGAAUUUUCAGGACCCUUUCCCAUUCCUUUGCCUGUUGGGUCAGUGUUCGUUUUGAAUGGCAAUGGAGCAAAUAUUGCUAAACACUGCAUUCCAUCUGUUUCGUCAAAAAGAAUUUCUAUUACCUUUAGAAAGAUGGAUGAGAACAAGUUACCAUAUAAGUUUUCACCGGAUCUUGAGCUAGUGGGAAUCAAGCCACUUUUCCUUGCACCUCUAAACAAACCAAUUAAACAGCAAGAUGAAGUUGGAAACUUUGGAAUCCAACAACAGAAGGCGGAGAGUGUUGAAACUGAUACAUUUUGAAUGCAUUGCAUGUGGAACAUGGAUUUCCUCCUCUUACUGGUAGCUUUAGAAAAGUGAUCAAUAAAUUGUUGUUACUCACGUGUGACUUUUCUUAAUUCUGCAUCCAAUCAAACCUGUGUAUCGUUGAAGAAUUAGAUACUUUGUGCGGUUCUUAAACUGUACUGUAUUAAAGGAAGGAGUGUAUACUAGCUAACCCUCUGAAUCAGAAGGCAAAUAACUAAUAAUUAAUACAAAUAAUAUCAGUUGUUUAGUCCUUUAUAGACAUGGUUCAACACUUUGUUUUUUUC